AUGUAUAAACCAAAUUCUGAAGACAUCGUUGAGCGUUUUAUGGUCUCAAUUGAUCAUAUUGCAUUCUUGGGGCAGCAAAAUACUUCUACAGCUAUUCCGAAUACAUUGGAUAGUCCCUUUAAGACGCCGCGUCGUGGAAAAAGCCUGAUCGACUACAAACGUGGUAGACCAUCUACACCAAUUACAACUACCAUUGUUUCACCUACCACGCCAGCCACUCCGACUCCGGCUCAAGGCCCUCCUUAG